AUGCCACAGAGUGAUGAGACCACCACAAAUGCUAAGGAAGAUGGCAUUGUGGGACCGGGUACAGCUGUUCAAAAUGGACCUGCAGAACUGGAUGACUUCGGAUUACCCCUCAAGAAGAGAGUUGUUCCAGAACCGGUAGCAUACGAUGAAGAUUUGGAGAAUGUCGAAUCGGAGGAUAAGUCGAGUGUCGCAGAAGAUCGGAAUGCUGAGACUCAAGAGAAUGGAUUGAAGAAUGCGGAUGUUGCUAAGGGAGACGCAGAAAAGGCAGACGGUGUAAAGGAUAAUGGGUCAGAUAAGGAAGAAGAGGAACUCAAGGUUGUGCAAAUAACGCCAUCACCUGCGACCACGAAUCCAGAACCUCAAAAACCUCGCGAGACAACUCAGAAUGAGGACUUGCCAGCUCAUGGACAUCCGGCUCCUCGACAAACAAUCGAAGAUAUCGAAUCCACAAGUAAAGAAGCUCUGGCGGAAUCGUCGGAACCUGCGAAGCCUGCAGAAGAGCCAAAAUCUGCAGAAAGUUUGGAGAAUACUAGUGGCAACAGUAACAGCAAUGCGGUUCCCGCGGUGAAUAACAGGAAUAGUCGGAUGGAACCAAGUCAGGGAACCAGUCAGGGAAUAUCAGAAUGGUCGCAUCAACAUACCACUGUACCUGAUCCAAAAAGCCCACCUCAAGAAGAUGAUGAAUGGCAAACAAUGCCAGCGUAUGCUCCGUACGAUAUUUACGAUGAUGAUAAUAGGUUAAUUGCAAAGGAGGCACACGAAUCUGAUGAAGAACCGGAUGCAUAUGCAGGGUUGGGUGGUGCCGGCAGAGGAUAUACUAGAGUUCAACUAGACGAAGAUGCUCAAUCUGCGACGAGUUUGGAUGAAAAUACACAAUACCUUUUCAAAGAUGUUCAUGGCACUGGAGCUGGAGAAGUGGAAGAUGAGGAGCAGCGAGAUGCAGUGUCUCAAAUGCAAGCUACGAAGGAUCUUUUAACGGAAGGGCAAAGAAUUGCAUAUGUUGGCAUGACUCGACUUAUCCUUUCUAAAAUGCUUGAACAACAAGAAUCAUUGGUGUCAGCAAAGAAAGGAAACAAGAAAGAAUUGCAAGUUUCAGCCGAAGCUAUGAAAAUGUGGACUCAAAAAAUGAUGGUUCGGCUAUAUGCGCAUAUGGAAAUCAGUACAGAUGAACAGAUCAUGAUUGAGCAAUUGGCUGAACAUGGAGUAGUCCCUUCCGAUCUGACAGGGACUCUCAUGCAAAAUGCACGAGUAAAGAAUCCUAUGGCCGAGAAAGCUCAUUCAAGUAAAGACUCGGUUGCGUCAGGUAGAAGUCCUAGGGAAUCCAUCUCAUCUCCGCGAUUACCACGAGAAUCCAUACAGUCUCCACGCUUACCACAAUCACCUUUGAGUCCACAAACUCCUCGACGAUAUGAUGAGGAAGAAUCGGCUGCUGUACCUCCACCAUACCAAGAGCAUGGUGGCGAAGAUUUACCCGAAGUUCGAACUCCUUCACAACUUCCCACUACUAAGAACAUUGAUAUCGAUCUUCGCUGGACUGUUCUUUGUGACCUUUUCUUGACUUUGAUUGCGGACUCUGUUUAUGAUGCACGAUCUAGAACUUUAUUAGAAAAGGUUGGUGAUAAUAUGGAAGUUUCCUGGUUAGAAAUCUGUCGUUUUGAGAAACGAGUAACAGAUGCCUUGGAAAUGCAACAAGCAGCCGAAAAGGAGAACUGGAAUGAGGAUGAUCAUAAAGAGAACAGGAGGAAAAUGGCUCUCAAGAAAAGAUAUUUGAUGAUGGGUCUUGCUACCGUUGGUGGAAGUUUAGUUAUUGGACUUUCGGCAGGUCUCUUGGCACCUGUUAUCGGAGCAGGUCUCGCGGCUGGUUUCACUACAAUCGGUGUAGCAGGUACUAGUGGCUUCCUUGCUGGUUCUGCAGGUGCUGCUAUCAUCACAACGGGUGCUGCCACUUCAGGUGGUUUUAUUGCGAUCAAAGCUGCAAAUCGUAGAACUGGAGCAGUCAAAACCUUUGAGUAUAGGCCAUUGCAUAAUAACAAGCGAGUCAACUUGAUCAUCACAGUCUCGGGAUGGAUGACGGGUAAAGUUGAUGAUGUUCGCUUGCCAUAUAGUACAGUUGAUCCGAUCAUGGGAGAUAUAUACUCGGUUCUUUGGGAGCCGGAAAUGCUUACAAGUAUGGGAGAUACCAUUAAUAUUCUAGCAACAGAGGCUUUGACUCAAGGUCUUCAACAAGUUCUCGGAAGUACCAUCCUCGUUGGUUUGAUGGCUGCUUUACAAUUACCAGUCGUUUUAACUAAACUUUCAUAUCUCAUCGAUAACCCAUGGACGGUUUCCCUUGACCGUGCAAAUGCUGCAGGUCUUAUUCUUGCAGACUCGCUUAUCGAUCGAAAUCUUGGUACCAGACCAAUCACCUUCGUGGGAUAUUCCCUUGGUUCUCGAGUCAUCUUCUCAUGUCUCAAAGAACUCGCCAAGAAAGGCGCUUAUGGCUUGGUUCAAAAUGUUUACCUAUUUGGUUCACCUAAUGUGGUGAAUCAGGAUGACUAUUUAAAAGCGAGAUCCGUUGUGGCUGGUAGAUUCGUCAAUGGAUAUGCAAGGAAUGAUUGGAUUCUAGGAUAUCUUUUCCGUCUUACUAGUGGUGGUAUUAGACGUGUAGCAGGUCUUGCACCGGUCGAGAAUGUUCCUGGAAUAGAAAAUGUGGAUGUUACUGAUCUAGUACCGGGACAUAUGGCAUAUCGUACUGCCAUGCCCAAGCUUCUUCGAGCGGUGGGAUGGGAGGUUGAGAGCGACGAAUUUACUGAAAUUGAAGAUCCGGACCCGGAAAAUCAUGCAGAGAGGCAGAGAGAACUUAUUAAUGAGAUCGAGGAAGCCCGGAAAGAAUUCGAGAAGAAAGAGAAAGAAGGGAAAGGAAGAUUUAGUUUCUUCGGCCGUAAAAAGAAAUCAGCCGUCGAACGUAAAGAAUGGGAGACAUAUGUAGAAAGUUCAAAGAACGAGCAGAGUCGUGAUUCAAGCCGAUCUGGAACAGAGGACGGCCAAGGAAAUAACCAUGGUAUUCUUUUCGACAUCGAUGCUAUUCGCGCCGAAGUCGCUAGUGGAGUUGCAGCUGAUGGUGGUAGCAACAAACACAUGGAGGUUAAAGAACUUAAAUCCACACUUCCACCUAUGAAACUCAGCCUCGCCUCUUCAUCUAAUAGUCCACAAUCCAGUCCACGUAAUUCUCUUCGUCCAACAAAAAGCGAUGAUGCGAGUACAACAUUGAAUGCUUACGGUUAUCGUUCGCCAGGUCAUUCUCCUCGUCCUUCGAAUGGAUUUGGUGCUGGCUCAACAUAUUCAUACUCAAAUUCAAAUUCUCGACAAGAUCUUGCGAGAAAUUCACCAUAUCUGGCUCAGGAACCUGAGGAAGAACUUGAGAUGACUUUUGAUACUGCGUAUCAUUCUCCUCCUCAUUCGGCUAAUGUUAGUAGUACGAGGUUACCUGAGAGAGGACAUACAAGUUUCCAUUCUUUAGGUCAUGUGGCCGAUGGUAAUGGUGGAUUUGGAGGUGGCUUCGAUGGGACUGGAUCGAGUAGUGCAAGACCAGAAUUAAAAUCGGCUUCUACAUUACCUGUGGGCAUGGGAACAGGAGUGGGAGUCGGAUUGGGCUUGGGCGUGACGGGGAUGGGGAUGGGAUUGGGAUACGUGGCGGAAAAAAAUGCGUGGGCGGAUGAUGAUGAGGAUGAAUUUGCGGGGGGUGGGGGAGAGGAGGAAAUUGAGAUGACUUUUGCAUGA